CGGAGGGAGAGAAGAGCCUCGGAGAGAGCGAGCCUCCUCCCCCCCCCGGCCAUGGCGACCACCAGCACCACCGGCUCCACCCUGCUGCAGCCCCUCAGCAACGCGGUGCAGCUGCCCAUCGACCAGGUCAAUUUUGUAGUGUGUCAAGUGUUCGCCUUGCUGGCAGCCAUUUGGUUUCGAACUUAUCUACAUUCAAGCAAAACGAGCUCUUUUAUCAGACAUGUUGUUGCCACCCUUCUGGGCCUUUACCUUGCCCUUUUUUGCUUUGGAUGGUAUGCCUUACAUUUUGUUGUUCAAAGUGGAAUUUCAUACUCUAUCAUGAUCAUAAUAGGAGUGGAAAAUAUGCACAAAUACUGUUUUGUGUUUGCUUUGGGCUACCUCACAGUAUGCCAAAUUACUAGAGUCUAUAUCUUCGAUUAUGGACAAUAUUCUGCUGAUUUUUCAGGCCCAAUGAUGAUAAUUACUCAGAAGAUCACUAGUUUGGCUUAUGAGAUUCAUGAUGGGAUGUUUAGGAAAGAGGAAGAAUUGACUCCAUCACAGAGGGGCCUGGCUGUAAGACGUAUGCCAAGUCUCCUGGAGUAUUUCAGUUACAACUGUAAUUUCAUGGGCAUCCUGGCAGGCCCAUUAUGCUCAUAUAAAGACUACAUUACUUUCAUUGAAGGAAGGUCAUAUCAGCUGACACAGUCUGAAGCUAAUGGAAAAGAAGAAUUGCAAUUUGAACGAACAGAGCCAUCUCCAAACGCAGCUGUAGCACAGAAACUAUUAGUCUGUGCGCUUUCUUUAUCGUUUCACAUGACUGUCACCAAAACCCUGCCCGUGGAAUACAACAUUGAUGAUCACUUCCGCGCAACAGCAUCAUUGCCCAGGAAGGUCAUCUACCUAUAUGUCUCCCUUCUGGCGGCUAGACCCAAAUAUUACUUUGCUUGGACAUUAGCUGAUGCCAUAAAUAAUGCUGCAGGCUUUGGUUUUAAAGGAUAUGACAAAAAUGGAGCAGCACGCUGGGACUUAAUUUCCAAUUUGAGAAUCCAACAGAUAGAGCUUUCAACAAGUUUUAAGAUGUUUCUUGAUAACUGGAAUAUUCAAACAGCUCUUUGGCUAAAGAGAGUCUGUUAUGAAAGAGCGUCAUUCAGCCCAACUAUCCAGACUUUCAUCCUGUCAGCCAUUUGGCAUGGUGUUUAUCCAGGAUAUUAUCUAACAUUUCUAACCGGGGUGGUAAUGACACUCGCAGCCCGAGCCAUGAGAAAUAACUUCAGACACUACUUCAUCGAUCCCCCUCAAGUUAAGCUCUUCUAUGAUGUCGUGACGUGGGUAGCCACCCAAAUGGCCAUAAGUUACACGGUGGCACCAUUUGUACUUCUCUCGAUAAAGCCUUCCUUCAUGUUUUACAGCUCCUGGUAUUACUGUCUUCACAUUACUGGAAUCUUAGUGUUAUUGAUAUUGCCAGUGAAACCUCGGAAAGGAAAAAGAGCCCAGGAAAAUAACCAGCCCUCACAACCUACAGAGCUGGAGAAAAAAGAAAAUCCUUUGGGACAAGACAGUUAUCCGAUCACAAAUCAUGUUUUCAAUCAGAAGCGAGAAAUCACAUCCAGACACUCAGCGCUGAAACAAUGAUUGAGAAAAUUCAAUGAUGGAUAUAUUUUGUAUGUUUCCAGAACCCAGUACUAGCACCUUUCAAAGGGGUUUGUAUUUGAAAAGAUAUUGUGAUAAAAGGACGGUAACACAUGGGGAAUAUUUUGUAAGACUGGAGAUGGAACGAGUUAACCCCUCCCAUGCCAUGUCCCUGUGGGUCACACGCCUUAUAGAAAAAUAUCUCCAUGAUUUCAAUGGGCACUCAGGACUUCAGUGUAUGUCCGUAGGGUCAUAUGUGCCCCCUUGGCUGAAUGUACAUGGUGUAUCCCAAGGCACUGAUGGGGGAGAAAGUAAUGGUGUCAACCUUGAUGAUUAGAGGGAAAUGAACUUUUUCAGAUGAAUGCCUUGCCUUAAACCCUUGAUUUACUGAAAUAUUGUUUCUAAAAGGUAUUUUCAUGUUGUGUAUUAUGUGGGAGGCAUAUUUCACAUAUUGAAUGCUGAGUGCUGUAAAGGAACCGUGAAAUUCAAAGCCAAAUAUUUGAGCUUGUGAAUACUUUAAAAAUGCAAUAAACAUCUCAGUAUUUGGAGGGUUUUCUUAGAGUAUCUCAAACCAGAGUCCAUUGUAGAACCUCAGACGUGACUGAUGCCAAAUUGCAGUCAGCCUUGAUUACUGGAAGAGUGUACUCUGUGUCAGAAGCUCUUCUGAGAAGACUUUAAAAAUCUUCAAACUGAUAUUUUAAGCUCAUUUUACUCUCUUAAAAAAACACUACGUGAUCUUUGCAGCUAGGGACAAGUUGGCAACUUGGAGUAAGAUGAAAAUGAAGGAAAGGCAAGUAACCUGGUGCUCAGCAGGGCUCCUUCCUUUACUCUUAUAUGACUGAGUUUCUUGUGGUGUCGUAUUUAAGGCAUUUAUGAAUGCAAUAGCUCUUUCCUCCUAUGAAUUAAAAAAUGGAAAUUAUUUGGACAUAGAAGGUAUAGAUUUAGGAAAAUCUUCUAAAGUAAUUGACUCACUGAGGUUGAACGGCAGUAAUUGAAAAAUGAAAUAUGGCUUGGCAACACUGCCCGCUGGGCCCUGUGACUGACUAGCCAGCUGGCUUCUGAGCCAGGACAACCUGUGUCGCUGUCUGGAGGCAAUUGGGGCUGGAGAUGGUUAAAUUGGGGUUUUGGUGUCGAAAUGGCCAUCUUUAUGAACUAAGAUUGUAGAGAUAAAAAUAACACUUGGAACAAAUAAAUUGAUCUCACUUUUCAA